AUGAAACGUGCAUGUAAUGAGUACUACACCACCUUCAUACAAGAGAAUAGCAGCGAUCAUCGUAAACUGUUCAAGUCUGCCAAAUUUCUUUUUAAUCAAGAAACUGAUUUGCAUUUUCCAGAAUGCAGCGAUAAUACAGUCCUUGCGAAUGAUAUAGGUGACUUCUUCGCCAACAAAACCGAGUGCAUUAGACAAGAACUUGACAGUGCAGCCACCUAUCACAACCCUACAAGUGAACCACAGAUCAUGCCUAAUGUUCAACUGGACUCGUUCAAGACAUUAACUGAGGAUGAUGUUAACCAGAUUAUCUCAAACUCAAGCAAAAAAUCAUGCUCUUUGGACCCCAUGCCCACUCAUCUUGUGGUCCACUGCCUGGAUGUACUUCUGCCGGUAAUUACAAGAAUGAUAAACUUGUCCCUGCAAUCCGGAUGUUUCCCUGAGAACUGGAAGUUGGCUAAAGUUCACCCAGGCUUAAAGAAGUCAAAAGCUGAGGUUAUAUUUGAUAAUCUUCGUCCCAUCAGCAACCUUUCAUUUGUUUCCAAACUCACGGAACGAGCUGUCUUUAAUCAAACCCAUGACCACCUUACCGCUCACAAACUUUACCCUAAAGCUCAAUCUUCCUACCGCCAAAUAUCAUAG